GGUUGUCCUACAUGGCCGCUCCCACCGUCAGUCAGUGAGCAGCUGAUCGCACAAAGCACGAGUUACAGCAAAACAUUAGGAAUAUUCUUUUGUUCGAGAACCAAGCGUUAAAUCGCAGAUAAAAAGGGUCUAAUUUCCCGUGCGCAGGAGAGCGAGAAGCGGACAAUGUUUGUGUGUUCACCAGGAACUUUCUGACAGACUACUAUCUGACAGUCCUUUAUUCCUGAAAACCUUUGUCACACAUACACCCCCGCAAUCAUGCAGCUGGAUCCCGUGCUGAUUGAAUCCUCCGUGGUGUUUGCCGUAGUGAUCAGCGUUCACUGUGCCGUGUGGAACCAGCUCUCCUGGUGCUGCAUCGCUUUGGCCGUCCAGGCUUUUUACGUACAGCACAAAUGGGAUCGCCUCAUCCGGACCGGUGCCGCCGUAUUCCAAUUCCGGCCUUCGUCUAACAGCGGCGUGUUACCGGCCAGCAUGGUGCUGCCCCUGCUAGGACUGGCUUUGAGGGGACGCUGCAUCGCAGUGGGGAACGUCUACAUGGAGCGAUUCGCCAUGGUCAUAACAGUGAUCGGUAUGAUGCUGGCGCUGUUUCUAUCACUCAUCGCGUUGGGAAUCACACGGCCGGUGCCAACAAACACCUGCGUUAUAGCCGGCAUUGCCGGUAGUGCAAUUCUGUACACAGUCAAGCAAACACUAACAGUCUCCGAGGUGAUAGAAGUCUUGGAGGUGUUGCUAAUUUUUGUGUAUUUAAGCCUAAUCCUCUUGUACCUCCUCCCACGCUGCUUUACUCCUGGCGAGGCCCUGCUGAUUCUCGGCGGGAUCAGUUUUAUCAUCAACCAGCUUAUUAAGCGCUCUCUAGCCUCGUCUGGGAAUGCAAACGCAGAUCCACUUCCGUAUUUCCUCCCAGUUGCUGUAUUAGGCCUAGUCCUACUUGGAAUCUUCUUCGCUGUGCUUUUCGUAUUCAUGGAAUCAGAAACCUGGUCAGCGUCGUUUUUCUUCCACACCAUGACUGCCGUUUUAGGAUUGGGCCUGUUGGUUCCCUGGCUCUCCCUGCUCACGCAGCAUCACCCGAUUACCUGGUUAAUGCAUUUCAUCACCGAAACCAACACUCGCCUUUGGCUGAUCGGAUUCUGGGCAGCUUUGCUGCUUCUAGCAGUCGCCGUCGUGAUGCAUCAAAACAGUCACCGCUCAGCCGGAAGCAAGAAGCAUCAAGCAUCAACGGCUGUGAGAAAGUAUUUCCACCUCCUUAUCGUACUAACCUUCGCUCCAGGACUCGCGUUAGACCGUCCUCUGCUACAUCUAGCCGCGGUCGUAUGCCUCUCAGCGUUUUUGUUUCUCGAAUUUGUCCGCUAUUUCCGCAUCCGACCACUUGGGGCGCCCUUGCGUCGACUUCUUACUUUAUUCCUGGAUGAGAGAGACUCCGGGCCGCUUAUUCUCACUCACAUCUAUCUUCUCCUCGGCGUCGCCCUUCCAAUAUGGCUCACGCCUGCGUCGUGCACCCCUAAAGGAGGCCUAGGGGGCGCCGGUGGCCUGGUGCCCUACGCCGGCGUACUUGCCGUAGGAGUCGGCGAUACAGUUGCGUCUAUUUUUGGCAGCACCGUUGGCGAAAUCCGCUGGCCUGGUACGAAGAAGACCUUCGAGGGCACCGCGACAUCAGUGUUCGCUCAGAUCAUCGCCGUGGUGGUUUUUCUCAUCGCUGACAGUAGUAUAAACCUGAACGCUAGCUACUCGUGGGUCGUGGGUUCGAUCACAAUGGUGGCUAUGUUGGAGGCGUACACGUCGCAGAUAGACAACCUGCUGCUUCCUUUGUACCUCUACAUCCUUCUGCUGCUGUGAUAUCAGACCCGUCCAGACAAAUCGUACCCUUAUGCCAAUGCACAGAUAUUAACAGCGUUAAAUGUAUACGGUACAGCCCUAGUAUUGAUUUUGGAAAGCAAAAUGCAAUAAUGAAACAUCAUUAGAGUGUUUAUGAUCCUCGUACAGUGAAUAGAAAUGCACUGAAAUGUAUUCAAGAAUAAACUGUUUGUUAUAGUAUUAGAGUGAAACGAAGUAGAAAACUUGAUAUUGUAAUCAACGUACAAAAUGGCACAAAAACAGAUGUUUGAAGGUGAAAUGUGUAUUUUUUUUUUUUUUUUUUUGCUUGAGUCACACAUGCUUUUAAAGGGAUAGUCCACUUUAAAAAAUGAUUAAUUACUCAGCCCUGUAUCGUUUCAGUCCCGUAUGUGUUUUUUUUCUUCUGACUGAGAAUUUGAAGAAUUUUGGUAACCAAAUGGUUUCGGAUCUCAUUGAGUUCUAUUACAUUGUUUUUCUAUGGAAGUCAAUGGGAGCCCAAACAAUCAUUUUUUCAUUUCUUCCACAGAAGGCAAAAACUCAAACAGGUUUGUAACAGCCUGAAGGAUUAUUUUUGGGUAAACUAUCCCUUUAAGGAUUCUACAUUUCAUUUUUUUCAAGGAUUACAUGUGUUAUUUUGGAUGUUUAUUUUUUGUGUUCUCACAGAAAGCUCUGAUGUCUUGAGACGCUGUUAAUAUUUCAUUCGCUCAAAUCCUGCAUCUGUCACUCCAGUAUAAAUGACAGGGAUUCAGUUGCACAUUAUUAAAAAAAGAAAUGGAAAACGUAAUGCCCUUUAACGAUGUCUGUACUUGCUGAUCAACACACAAAAACACACUUCUUGGAUGCAAACACUUAACGAAGGGCACGGUGUUUAGAUUUUGUGUAUUUUGUUUAGGUGAAUCUCAUGAAAACAUGUCUGGCUUUGUUUUUUAUGUUUGCUAUAAAGCCUCUUUCCAACAAAAUGUUGUGUAAAAAUGCUGUAGAAUUUGAAUUUAAUUGAAAAUCAGUUUGAAAUGUUAUAUAUACACUACCUGUUUUUAAAGAAGUCUCUUCCGCUCACCAAGCCUGCAUUUAUUUGAUCUAAAGUACAGUAAAAUUUAUAAAUAUUUUUACUAUUUAAAAUAACUGUUAUAUAUUUAAAUAUAUUUUAAAAUGUAAUUUAUUCCUGUGAUCAAAGAUUAAUUUUUAGCAUCAUUACGUUCAGAAGAACAGCAUUUAUUUGAAAUAGAAAUAUUUUAUAAAUAUUUAUACAUUAUAAAUGUCUUUAUCAUCACUUUUGAUCAAUUCAAAGCAUUAUUGCUGAAUGAAAGUAUUAAUUUCUGUAAUUUCCCCCAAAAAAUAAAUAAAUAAAAAUUAUACUGACUCUAAGCUUUUGAAUGAUAUAGUGUGGGAUGUUACAAAAGCUUUUUAUUUCAGAUAAAUGCUGAGCUUUGGAUCUUUCUAUUUAUCAAAGAACCCUGAAAAAAUGUAAUGGCCUGUUUUAAAUAGUGAUAAGAAUAAUAAAAAAUGUUUUGAACAGCAAAUAAGCACAUUAGAAUGAUUUCUGAAGAAUUGUGACACUAAAGACUAAAAUAGUGAUGUUGAAAAUUUAGCUUUGAUCACAGGAAUAAAUUAUAUUUUAAAAUAUAUUCAAAUAGAAAACAUUUUAAAUAGUAAAAAUAUUUCUGCACUUUGGAUCAAAUAAAUGCAGGCUUGGUGAGCAGAACAGACUUCUUAAAAAAAAAACAUAAAAAAAUCUUAGUGUUCAAAAACUUUUGAUUGGUAGUGUGUAUAUAUGUUUUUUGGGGGGAAGCACAUCUACAAUUUUAAAAUGUAAAAAAAAAAUUAUUGUUACUUUUACAUUAUAAAGUUGUGGAAAUGUGCUUAUGCCAAAUUGCAAAAAAAAAAAAAAGUCAUUUAAUAUAUGCAAAAUAUAAUUUCUUAUUACGUUCUUUUGAUUUUGUAGUGAAAUAUGACCUUUGACAUGUUUUAUCAGAUUCACCUGUUUUAUCAAAGUGUAAUUUAUCCUUUCAGUCCUUUAUAACAGCAUAUAUGCAUCACUUGAGCCAUUGAAGAACACCAUUGUUUUUCUAUUGAAUGACACAAACACUCAAAUAUAAUUUUAAUGCUAUGAAUAUCUAUGCUAUGAAUCUGCCUUUAUGUCCGAUGCAAUACGAAGGACUGGUAGCAUAGCUUGUCGCCUUAAAAAGUGUUUUGUAUUCUGAUUAGUUCAAUGCUAUUAGUGGUUUGUCUGCAUGGAUCUGUAUGUAGAAGGCAGUAGAUAUUAAUGUACAGAUCACUAUCCUCUAAACGCAUGUAUGCAAUUCAGCUGUCGUGUCUUUACUCUGAGAAAGAUUGCAUAAUUCGUAAAUUAUGUAUGUUUGAAGUUUAAUUUAUUCAUGAUAUUUGACUGAGGCCUUUUUUUGUUGCUGUCGGCGUUUUGUGUUGCUGGGAACUGUGGUUGAUGCGUCAAUCACCUGUUUGUUUUGAAGUGCAUUCUGGGACAUUUUGCAUGACACUGGUUUAAGUGUAAACUUGUUUUUAAACUACCUGGGAAUUGUAAUAAAAUGUGUUACUUUAUGGUCCAUAUUUUGACUUUAGGAAUGACUUUUGUAAAUUAUUUUACUGAUUUGUGUAUUUACAGAACUUUAGUUUUUACAACAGAAGUGACCCAGCAUGAAACACUAUGAAGUAACUUUCAGACUAUUGUGAAAAAAUCUCUUUUUAUGUUGAAUAUCAUGUUUGUUUUUUGUUGUUGUUAUCUUUAUUGAAGUUGGUUUUUCAGCAAUGCCUAUAAAUAUGUUUUUCAGAUUUUCCUGUCAGUGAUUGGUUGACAUGAGAACUGCAGUUUGGUCAUUUAUUUCCAGAUUAUUCUUAUUAUCAAACGUUCAUAUCUUUUCUAUAUUGUAUUGAUUUUGUUGGGU